AUGAGCAAAAGCCAAAGGCCCGAGUCCCCAGACCCCCAUGGCACCCCAGAUGUCCCGGGGCUCCAGGGACAGGACACGAGGCCAAUGAGACCCCCAACACUCCUUCAGGUCCCCCUGUCUGCCUCUGUAGUGGAGCCUCCCAACGUGCCCCUUCCACCCCCCAAGCCCUCUGUGUCUAUGGUCCACGUCCCCCACCCCGCCCCAAGCAAGAGGACGCCAGGUCCCUCCAGCCCAGGGCUUGUAGCAAGAGUCCCUCAAGCACUGGCAGCACCCCAGAGCCAGCGACAAUCCCGUCCAGCCCCAGGAUGGGUCCAAGGGGGCCCAGCCCCCCAGCGCGCAGACCCGCCCCAGACCCAGAGAGACCAAACCCCCGAGCCCCAGGCCCCCCACACACCCUCGAGGCAGUUCAGCACAGACUCGACCCAAAGCCCAACAAUCCCCCCACCGCCGGGGCCCCUCCGACAGCCCCCACUGCCCCUGGAUCCCUUUACAGCAACCAAGCAUCCAAUCCGAGCACCAAAAUCCCGAGGAAACACCCCCCAACCAGCCAAAAAAAAGGACAGCCCGCACCCCCAACCCACCCCGUCAACCCCAUCUCCACGGUCCCCCACCCCUCCAGUGCCAUCACAUCCGUACAACUCGCGAGCUAAAACUACUACCCGUGCAUCGACACCAACAACGACACCCAAGCAGAGUGGCUACCCACUGCGCAGCGGCGGCGUGCCGAACACAGGGCAAAUCCCGGUCCCCCCACCACGCACAUGCUCCAGGCGGCCGCCAACACCACGCCAUCAAUCAACAUUCAAAAAAAUCAAUCCCCCGACACCCGUCAAUCAGGCCAGAAUCCCCCACGUCCGCAUCGCAACACAUCCAAGAGCCGCACGGGACCCUGAGCAGCAAGGCCGUAAACACCCAUAUAGAUAG